AUGGCGACUCCCUCCGAAUCAGUCGACCCAUCACUGAAAGCCCACACAGAACUAGUAAACUGGUUCACCCAACAUGGCGGCCAAGUAGACAAAAGCGUGCGCAUAGCCACAGAUGCCUCGCGCGGCGUUCACCUCCAAGUGAAAAAAGACUGGCCAACGCCAAUUGCAAAGGAAACACGAGUAAUCAACACUCCAAUCAACAUCUCGAUGUCCUGGUUCAACGCCAUGAAUUACAGUUCGCCGCGUGGCUCGUUCCCCAAUCAUGGAGUUGAGUUCCCGCGUUCUUGGAUGGAGAGUGUUGGGCCCGAGGAGACUUCUGCGUUCUUUCUUAUGGCUCAGUAUUUGAGGGGCGAGGAGGGAUUUUGGUUUCCUUAUCUGCGUACGUUACCUCAGCCUGGACAGUUGAGUACGCCACUUUUCUUUGAUGGUGAGGAUGUCGAUUGGGUUGUUGGGACUGGUGUUCCGGAGGCUGCUACUGAGAGAAUUCGGAUAUGGGUUGAGAAGUAUGAUCGGGCUAUUGAGGGGCUUGAGGAGCUUGAGUUUGAGGGCAUUGAGUCGUUUACUUGGGAGCUGUAUCUUUGGGCUUCGACUAUUAUUACCUCGAGAGCUUUCUCGGCCAAGGUUUUGUCUGGGGCUGUUGAGCCGGCUGAUCUCCCUGAAGAUGGUGUUUCGGCUUUGCUUCCGCUCAUUGAUCUGCCUAAUCAUCGGCCGAUGGCUAAAGUUGAGUGGCGGGCGGGCGAUGAAGACAUUGGACUUCUUGUGCUUGAGGACGUUGCACCAGGCGCAGAGAUUUCGAACAAUUAUGGGCCUCGGAAUAACGAACAAUUAUUGAUCAACUAUGGGUUCUGUCUGAGAAAUAACCCUACUGAUUACCGCAUUGUUCAGUUAGGCGUGAAGCCCGACAGCCCAUUGAGCAAGGCCAAGGCUCGGCAGAUUGAGAUGUUCCCAGAACUGGCCAAAGCGACGGAAAAUCACUAUUACAUUUUCAAUCCAUACUAUCCUCUCUUGGGCCCAGACACAAUGAUGGAACACUCUAUCUUCUCACCGGCCUUGUUCAAUGCGUUGACGAUUAUGGAGUCCAAUCUACGCGAACGCAAGAUGAUGGAAAUUACCAAGGACUCUAUUCGGAUUCCCUCAGCCUACGGAAACGAUCAUUGCAUCUAUGCCGCAUUAGCACAGAUGAGCUUUGAGCUAAUGGCCCACGCAAUUAAUCUCAAAGCCAGCGCAGAAGAUCUCCCCUCGCAGCCAAAAACACUUAACCAGAUCCAUGCGAAGAUCUACCGAGAUAGUCUCAUCACGAUAGACGAGUCUGCCUUGAUCAUAGCCCUAUGGACCAUCUCCCGUGGCCGAGCUCAUGGACGAGGCUCCAGUUGGGAAGAUACCAAGUCAUUAUUAAGUGAGCACGACGCUCGCAUUCCAGCAGGUCUUCUCCCCGACGAUGUUUUAUCUCGAAUCCGCGUCCGCAUCUUGGAGCGUCCGUCUAUACUCACCAAUAACGGACAGUUGUUCAGAUUAGUUGAGAUGUUCAACCUCUUCCCAUCAGAGAUGCAGGGUCCAGCCCAGGCAUGCUUCAACCGUAUUGUGCAAACUACAGGCCCAGAAGUCCCAGCUAUGCCAACUGAUCCGACGAACCUGUUCGCUACGUUGAUUUGCUUGUUCAUUGCUACUUACAACUCUCCCGAGGCACGGUCGAAAUUGCCAUCGCGUGUUACUCGGUGGUUGGCGUUCUUACUUGAGAAUUAUCCUUUGUCUUCGGAUAUCAUUGACAACGUCCACCCUGAUCUUGAACAGUCGAGGGAUGUUCUUGGCUUGUUCCAGAACUAUAUUACUUUGGCACAGCCGGGCCAGUUGGCAUCUGCUGAUGGCGUCGAUUGGCUUGAUCAGAACAGCGGGUGGCUGAGCCCAGAAUGGAUUGAGUGGUCGUGGAUUGUGGCGAGCUCUGAAAUGGUCAUGCUUCCACUUGAGCCAUUGCAGAUUCUGAAGAUGGAUGGGCCUCUGCGUUUGAACAAACAGCCUGUUCUCUAUAUCCCACAAGAAGAGUAG